ACAGUAAGAAACUUUGAAGGGGAAUCUUCUAAUAUGGAGUUUGUUAGAAAUGAGAUAGAUGCAUUGUACCAUAAAAUGAUAGUUGAUGCAAUAGGUGCACAGUCUGAAUACAAUGAGGGGCUAAUGGCUGAGGAGCCAAAUAGUAAGGCAAGAGAAUUUUAUGAUCUCUUGCAUGCUGCAGAAGUUCAUAUAGGUGCUAGGGGACAGGAUGUUACAGUACUUUUAUGGAUGAGUAAGAAUUUAACUGCUUGUCCAGUAUGUGGAGAAUCCCAUUAUGAGCUGAGGAAUAUGUCCGCUAUAAGGCAGAAAGAUGUUCCAAGGAAAUCUUUGUGGUACCUUCCAAUUACCCCAAGAUUGCAGCGACUAUACAUGUCUAGGAAAAUAGUAGAGCGCAUGAUAUGGCAUUUGAAACAUCGUGAGGAUGCGGAUGAAGUUAUUCAUCCUACGGGUAGUGAGGCAUGGAAACACUUUGAUGAAACCCACCCAACAUUUGCUAAGGAACCUAGAAAUGUUAGACUUGGCCUCAGUACAAAUGGUUUCAAUCCAUUUGGUUGCUUUGCAACACCUUACUCUUGUUGGCCUAUUUUUCUUAUGGUGUACAACCUUCCUCUUGAAUUGUGUAUGAAGUUAAAGCAUAUAUUUCUUGCCAUGAUAAUUGCUGGACCCAAAAGUCCAGGAAAAAACAUUGAUGUCAUGCUUAGGCCAUUAAUUGAUGAACUUAAGGAAUUGUGGACAAAUGGGGUUGAAACUUAUGAUAGUUUCAGGCAACAGAAUUUUAUCAUGAAAGCUGCAUUGCUAUGGAUUAUAAGUGAUUUUCUAGAUGAAGUUUGGGGUCCCUUAACUAAGAUUAGUAACUUUUUUAGAGCUUUAACUGCUCCGAUUAUUCAAGUUAGUAACAUGAAGAUGUGGGAGGAAAACAUUGUUGAGACCAUUUGCAAGCUAGAAAAAGUAUUCCCGCCAGCAUUCUGUGACUCGAUAAAGCAUUUGGCUAUCCAUCUACCAUAUGAGGCAAAAGUUGGAGGACCUGUCCAAUUUCGUUGGAUGUAUCUUUUUGAAAGAAAAUGGUGGUUUACUGCAUGUAAGAUUAGAGUAAGAACAAUAAUUGACACUUCAUCAUUGAGUGAUGGUGGAAAUGUUUAUUAUCAAGAUGAUGAACCUCCUAUGCCACAAUUGGUGCAACCCUCAACUGUUUUAAAUGAUCAUGUUUCACUAGCAUCUCAAGAGGAAGAACAAGUGGUGAUUAGUAAGGUCAUGCAAUUGCCAUAUGUGGUAGAGGAAGAAUGUGUGGGUGAGAAUGAUGAUGAAGAGGAAGAGUUUGAUGGAACAGAAACAUCGGAAGAAGAAUACCCUGGUGAUGAUGCAACAAUGGAGGAGGACACUGAAGAGCAUGAUUUAGAGGCUGAGUUUGAUGCUGAGUUUGCUGUGCUUGAUCCUGAGCUAGAUGCUCAGUUGGAGGAGGAGCUAUCACGUGUUGUCCCGAAGACAGGACGUGGCAUGGAUAAAGGAGAUGAUGCUUCUACAGACUAGAGUCAAAGGAAGUUGCUUAGCCUUAAUCGCCGAGGCACAUUCAACCAUGAGAGGUUUGGGAGGACUGCCACAAUAAUAUGAAAGUACUUGUAUGAUUAGCUAGUGCUUUUUUGGUCUAGCUGGCCUGAGGAAAAGAAGAGGGUUGCUUGGGAGAAUUUCCAGGUAUGAAAAUUAUAGAAUAAAAUGAAGUAUUUUUU